CGCGCCCGGGCCUCGAGGCUUUUCUUCUCCAGCCGAGAGGACGCGGCUGUGCACCGAAGACCGUGUGUGGACAGUAAUGACCUCACGUUUCCGAUUGCCUGCUGGCAGAACCUACAAUGUACGAGCAUCAGAGUUGGCCCGAGACAGACAGCAUACGGAGGUGGUUUGCAACAUCCUUCUUUUGGAUAACACUGUACAAGCUUUCAAAGUUAAUAAACAUGAUCAGGGGCAAGUUUUGUUGGAUAUAGUCUUCAAGCAUCUUGAUUUGACUGAGCGCGAUUAUUUUGGUUUACAGUUGGCUGACGAUUCCACAGACAACCCAAGGUGGCUGGAUCCAAACAAACCUAUAAGGAAGCAGCUAAAGAAACUGCUUUUACUACUUCUAGGAGGAUCUCCUUACAGUUUGAACUUUAGAGUCAAAUUUUUUGUAAGUGACCCCAACAAGUUACAAGAAGAAUACACAAGGUACCAGUACUUUUUGCAAAUUAAACAAGACAUUCUUACUGGAAGAUUGCCCUGUCCUUAUAAUACUGCUGCCCUUUUGGCUUCAUUUGCUGUUCAGUCUGAACUUGGAGACUACAAUCAGUCAGAGAACUUGCCAGGCUACCUCUCAGAUUAUUCUUUCAUUCCUAAUCAACCUCAAGAUUUUGAAAAAGAAAUUGCAAAAUUACAUCAGCAGCAUACAGGCUUAUCUCCUGCAGAAGCAGAAUUUAAUUAUCUGAACACAGCACGUACCUUAGAACUCUAUGGAGUUGAAUUCCACUAUGCAAGGGAUCAAAGUAACAAUGAAAUUAUGAUUGGAGUGAUGUCAGGAGGAAUUCUGAUUUAUAAGAACAGGGUACGAAUGAAUACCUUUCCAUGGUUGAAGAUUGUAAAAAUUUCUUUUAAGUGCAAACAGUUUUUUAUUCAACUUAGAAAAGAAUUGCACGAAUCUAGAGAAACGUUAUUGGGAUUUAAUAUGGUGAAUUACAGAGCAUGCAAAAAUUUGUGGAAAGCAUGUGUAGAACAUCACACAUUCUUCCGUUUGGACAGACCGCUUCCACCUCAAAAGAACUUUUUUGCACAUUAUUUUACAUUAGGUUCAAAAUUCCGGUACUGUGGGAGAACUGAAGUCCAGUCAGUUCAGUAUGGCAAAGAAAAAGCAAAUAAAGACAGGGUAUUUGCAAGAUCCCCAAGUAAGCCCUUGGCACGGAAAUUAAUGGAUUGGGAAGUAGUAAGCAGAAACUCAAUAUCUGAUGACAGGUUAGAAACACAAAGCCUUCCAUCGCGAUCUCCACCUGGAACUCCUAAUCAUCGAAAUUCUGCAUUCACACAAGAGGGAACCCGGUUACGACCGUCAUCAGUUGGUCAUUUGGUAGACCAUGUGGUUCACACUUCCCCAAGCGAAGUAUUUGUGAAUCACAGAUCUCCAUCUUCAACACAAGCUAACAGCAUUGUUCUGGAAUCAUCACCAUCACAGGAGACCCCUGGAGAUGGGCAGCCUCCAGCUUUACCACCCAAACAAUCAAAGAAAAACAGUUGGAACCAAAUUCAUUAUUCACAUUCUCAACAAGAUCUGGAAAACCAUAUUAAUGAAACAUUUGAUGUUCCAUCUUCCCCUGAAAAAUCUACUCCUAAUGGUGGUAUCCCACAAGAUAAUCUUGUUCUAAUCAGAAUGAAACCUGAUGAAAAUGGAAGGUUUGGAUUCAAUGUGAAGGGAGGGUAUGAUCAGAAGAUGCCUGUGAUCGUGUCCCGAGUAGCACCAGGAACACCUGCUGACCUCUGUGUCCCUCGAUUGAAUGAAGGGGACCAAGUUGUACUGAUCAACGGUCGGGACAUUGCAGAACAUACCCAUGAUCAGGUUGUCCUAUUUAUUAAAGCUAGCUGCGAGAGACAUUCUGGGGAACUCGUACUUCUGGUUCGACCUAAUGCUGUAUAUGAUGUAGUGGAAGAAAAGCUAGAAAAUGAACCAGACUUCCAGUACAUUCCUGAGAAAGCCCCACUAGAUAGCAUCCAUCAGGAUGACCAUUCCCUGCGGGAGUCAAUGAUCCAGCUAGCUGAGGGGCUUAUCACUGGAACAGUCCUGACACAAUUUGAUCAACUAUAUCGGAAAAAACCUGGAAUGACAAUGUCUUGUGCCAAAUUACCUCAGAAUAUUUCCAAAAAUAGAUACAGAGAUAUUUCGCCUUAUGAUGCUACACGGGUCAUUUUAAAGGGUAAUGAAGACUAUAUCAAUGCAAAUUAUAUAAACAUGGAAAUCCCUUCUUCUAGCAUUAUAAAUCAGUAUAUUGCUUGUCAAGGGCCAUUACCACACACUUGUACAGAUUUUUGGCAGAUGACUUGGGAACAAGGCUCUUCCAUGGUUGUAAUGUUGACCACACAAGUUGAACGUGGCAGAGUUAAGUGUCACCAGUAUUGGCCAGAACCCACAGCAAGUUCAUCCUAUGGAUGCUACCAAGUCACCUGCCACUCAGAAGAAGGAAACACAGCAUAUAUCUUCAGGAAGAUGACACUAUUUAACCAAGAGAAAAAUGAGAGUCGUCAACUCACUCAGAUCCAAUACAUAGCCUGGCCUGACCAUGGAGUCCCCGAUGAUUCCAGUGACUUUCUGGAUUUUGUUUGUCAUGUACGAAAUAAGAGGGCUGGCAAGGAAGAACCUAUUGUUGUUCACUGCAGUGCUGGAAUUGGAAGAACUGGGGUUCUUAUUACUAUGGAAACAGCCAUGUGUCUCAUUGAAUGCAAUCAACCAGUUUAUCCACUAGACAUUGUAAGAACAAUGAGAGAUCAACGAGCCAUGAUGAUCCAAACACCUAGUCAAUACAGAUUUGUAUGUGAAGCUAUUUUGAAAGUUUAUGAAGAAGGAUUUGUUAAACCCUUAACGACGUCAACAAAUAAAUAAGAAAGCAUAAGUCUGGGAUAUGUGUUGGAAAACUGCUUUCUGCUCUAUUCACUGUGCCAUAAUUCUGCUUGCAGGAAAUGGCAGUUAGACAAAAACAAUGAAGAACUAACAAAAACUGAAAACUUCAGCACUGUUGCACUUUAUGUUUAAACAAUGUCACUCUCUCAAAAUCUGUAAUUCAUGUGUUUGAAGACUAUUUCAUGCUUUGCUCCGAACAAAUAGUGAAUAACUGAGUAUGUUCAGGGUAAUUUAUGAAAUCUGUGGUGGUGCCAUGCAGUCCCCUUCUGGUAGAAUUGCCACAAACAAGGCUCAGAAUUCUCCUCAUCUCUGAUAUACACCUGUAUCUUGAAAGCAAAAAGAAGUAUACAUCAGGAGUCAGCUCUGGUGUUUCCCAGUGAUUCAUGUACUUACUAUACUGAUUACCAGAUUUUUAUUUUUUAAAUUUUAGCAAUAUCAUUCUCAAUAUUAGCCAAUACACUGCCUAUGGAUGCAGCACAUCUUUCCCCGUACUCCCCUGUAGAGACCUGCUGUUCGUGAGAAGAAAGAUGGAAUUUGCUUUUCCCAGGAAAUGCUGCACAGUGUCCAUUUACCAGCAUCUUAUAGAAAGUAUAAAUAUGAAUCUACAAGUUUUCUUGAAUUUAAUAAUGUAACUUAUAUUUAUCAUACGGUUGGCUUAUUCCAAAUCAUGUGAUUUCGCAUACUUGAUGUAAAGGAAUGCAUGCGUUGUGUCUUAACCCCUUAAGUGCCUUGAGACGUCUUUGUAUGUCUAAUGAAAAGGCACUCAUUUGACCCCACUAGGAGGUAUGUGUGUAUAUUGUACAUUUACAUUUUUAUGCAUUUUGAAUCAGUUUGCAUUUAAAAAAAAAACAGCUUCUUGUAUGAAGAGUUACGCAAAGAAGGGUAUGGAAAUUUUAUUUCUUACUCAAUUCCUGUAUUUUGCCACAAGAAGCAAAGAUAAAUUGUGUUCUACUGAGUGAGCGUUCUGCUGCUAUGGAAUUAUUGAAAAUCUGCACAUUCCUUUCCUGAGGGACAAGGGUUACAGUUGAGCAGCUCAAGUUAAAAGAUGCUUUAUUAUUCAAAUUUUCUCUUUAUUUUAUCCCUAACUUUAGAAAUGGCACCUAAUAUGCAUAUUAAAGUUAAACAUAUUGAUAUUUUCAGCUAAAGUUAGAGCAAUUCGUUGUGAUUUAUUUCUAUCACUGUCUAAAUUAUUAUUCUUAAAGCAUUUAUUUCGGUUCAUAUCAAGUUUUGUUCACACCAGUCUGUUGGUUGGGAUGCUUCGAACGAGGAAUGAAACGUUUUUGACUUAUUUCUAAAGGCAAUCCCUCAAUAACUGCAUUGAGGGUUUAUUGUCAUAUUUGUGUACAAUUAAAUUACCCCAGUUUAUAUAUACUUACUAAGUUACAAGCAUGUUAAUACGGAGAGUUUUGCUUGUCAGCCUGAUGGAGGCUCUGGUUCCCUGUAAGGAUGUGUAUCCUUUCCUCUUCAGGACUUUUUUUUUAAGUCUACAGAGAGAUAGAACUUUAAAAUUGCCCAGUUUUAAUAUAAGUGGAAAUUUGCUCACCUAUUGAAAUGUUAUAUUACACACUUGUUUUAUAUGGAUUGUGGUCAAAAUAUUCAUUUACUAGUGGUUUCUGAAUACUUCUGUAUAGUCUUGAUAAAACUUAGAGUUUGAAUGGUAGAUAUUGUGAAAUGCCGUUCAGUACGAGGGGACAAAUACACAUUUAAAAAUCUUCGGUGUAAUCAAAGUGAUGUUAUUUCAGAUAAUCAGAACCCAUAAUAACACAUUUUAGGAAAUUAAGUCCUAAACAUUGAUAACCAAGAUACCAAAUAAUUAUAUUCAAAUAUUUUAAUUUUUUAAGAGAAAAGUAAACAUAACCUUUAUGUCAAAGAGAAAUUCUCCUAUCCCUGGAUUUCACAGCCAAGACAGUAUAAAUUAGUAACUAACUAGAGUCUUAUUUGAACAUUCCAUUUUCUACCAACAGAUAAAUAUAAUUUAGGCUGCUAUAUGACAUAAUGAUAAAUCAAGAAGUGAACAAGUAAAAUCAUGUUGAGGGUCUACAUAAUUAAUAGCUGUUUGACAGUUGUUUUUAAUCUGAAUUAAAAUGAAAAUCUAUUCUGUGUGGACAGAAUAUGACAACCAUAGAUUAAAAAGAUAAAAAAAAUGCAGUUGUAUAGAUAUGAACAGACAAAUGUCAUGGUUGGCAUGUUCUUUAACUUACAGGUGUGUUUACACUUCUGAGAUAAACUCUAAUUUUGUUGGCAAUGAGCACUGCUGCCUUUUAAAAUGAUUAAUUCCAGUCUUUAAGUGGUAAAUAUUAGAAGUCUGGAGUUACAUUUAAAUUUCUCACAUAUGGAUUUUUCAUCUGGGAGCUACCCUCUGUCAGUAUUUUUAUGUACAGAAAAGAUCCUUUUUUAAAGGCAUAUUUAUUAGGAUCUUAAAACAAAUUAUCCUUCAGAGCUGCUUAAAAUGGAUAUGCUAAUUAUGCUUCUGUGUUCACCCAACAAAUCAGACUUUAUCCGUUACACCUAAGAAUUUUUAACCUGUUCAUCAAUCUAAAUAGGGUUCUAGGAAUAAUCCCAGCUUUAAUAUGCCAAGUAGGUCUAGAUUUUCCAUUCAUAUCCAUGUAAUACUGUGUAAUAAAAAUGUCAAAUUUCUUGUAUCUGAACUGCUCUCCCUUUCCUCCAGUUAACUCCUCUGCUCUCCCACUCCCCCCACCUGCAGAGAAAUCAAUGCUACUGUUCUUCUCACAAGUGGAAAUAGAUAUUGGUGAAUCAAGGGGCUUUGUAAAUGAUAAAUGUUUAUGAAAACCUUUCCUCUCUGAUUUAAGGUGGUUUUACCAUGUUCAUUUCAGAUUUUGUUGAGCAUCAGAUUUGUGUCAGCACUGUGUACAUAGCAUGAGGAAUAUUUUGGAAUAGACUUUACAUUCACAAGAAGAAUUGGUGGUGUUUGUUAAAUGAGUACAUCCAUUCAAAAUAGAGGCAGAGUAAACAGCUUAAGAAAUAAUUUUCUUCGUGUGGCCUGCUAGCACAAGUGGGGGGGGGGAGGUGUUGCUCAUUUUGAUUAAGGGUAAAGAGAAAAUUUAUAUAUAAAAACUGACUUCAAACUUAAGAAGGUAUGAUAAGCCAUUAAGACAGUUGCUUGAAGGUUUCAAGUACUACUACGUACACUUUUGUGUGUUUAUAUAUAUUUGUGUGUUUCAUAAAGGCUAAUGGUAACAAACAGAGGUAAAGGGUUAUUUUAACUAUAGAGUUGUUUAUAAUCUGCUGGCAGGUCUGGUCAGGUCUAAUCAGGUAUUUGAGUGAAAGUCUUCUGUCUCCACUAGAAAUACUCUUAACUUGAGAGCUGAAAGGAACUUGAAUGAUUUUAUCUAAUCUCACCUUCUCCAUUAUUUUAGGCAACAUAUAUGAAUAGAUUAUAAAUUCUUGUGAAUUUUAGUCUGUUUCAGCUCAAGAAUUAUACUCAGGCAGUGUUUUCACUUAAUAACUAUGAUCUUAGAAGAUGUCACUUAAUUUAGAAAAUAAGUAGGCUUUAAAAGGUGAUCCUAAUUAGGACCCUGACUCAGUUUGCUAGUUAUGCUUCUCUGAUAGAACAUAAGCUUUUGUGAAGUGUUUAGGCUGAUAACACAUGCAGUACAAAAACAUUCUGAAAUGUAAACUAGAAGACUAAUUUUUUAAAAGCACUUAAGACAUAGAACUAGGAUUUAGGAUAUAUGUCGAGUUAUAAUCAAAUAAUUUAUGUUCAUAAUGUGAACAUGUAGUAGAAUUAAAGCAUUACUUAUUUUAUAAUCUAAUCAGGAAGGGAGAAAGAAAGAAGAAUUUUUAACAAUGUUCUAUUUAAUACCUGUGUUUUGAAUAUUUAAGAUAUUCUGAUAGUAAGGUUGCCAAAGUAGUUUUGAAUUCAUAAAAAUUAUUUAUACCACAAUAAGGUGGGAUAUGUUUACAUCUCUUUUAUUUUGUAGUUUAGGUGAAUUUACACUUAAGUCACUUAGAGUAAAUAUAUUAUGGUAAGUAGUUGUGGGAAUAAACAUCUCUUAAUAAUAUGACAUGAAAAAGAUGAAUUAUGUCGCACACAUUUGGCUUUUAUGCCACAUCAACAAAGUAACCAUAUUAUCAUUGCUUACUUCCCACAUUUACUUUAGCUGUUCAACCAGUUUCUGCAGUCAUUUGUGUGUGUGUGUGUGUGUGUGUGUGUGUGUGUCUGUGUGUGUGUGUGUGUGUCUGUGUGUGUGUGUGUGGUGUUUCUUCCAAGUAAAAUAGCCAUGUUGUUAAAACCCACUGGAUUUUAUCAGAUAUCAGAAUUACUGAUCUGUUGGCAGAUUUAUUGGUGUCUCAGUGUGAUCACAACAUAAGUUAUAGCAACUGUUUAUAAAAUUCUUAGUGAAUUGUAUAGCUACAAAGGAAUACAAGUAAUAAAACAUUCUUGAGCGAACUAAUAGAGAAGUUCAGCAAUUUUAUAAAGAGCCCAUGAAAUUAAUCCCUAAAUUGUAUUUCGGGAGUUCAUCUUAUUUUACAAUGUCUGCAACUGUUACCAACAAUUGUUUUAUUAUAUACUGACUUCAUUUAUUCUUAGUAGCAAUUCGUACAAUAAGCCUAGCAAUUCGUACAAUAAGCCUCUCAAUCGUAUCAAAAACCAACAAGUCCUUUAUCAGCCAGAAAUGAGACAUUUUAUUUUUAUAAUCUUGGUGAAGUUGUCCUGGGUAAACACCAAAUAGUUACUUCUGUUUCCAUUUCUAAAUUUGCUGCUAUUUAUUUGUAUGUUUUUCUACUGCAAUUUACUAUUGAUUUCUAAAGUUUUAUAGUCACUGUUAUUUUUAUUUUAGCAGUCCAAGCUCAGUGGGCAGUCAGAAGUAGUAUCUACUGGGGUGCAAUCCAUCAAUAUUGACUAGAUGUGAUUCAGUGCAUAAAGAAGAAAAGCAAUUUUUUUUUAAAUUUACGAAGUGAAAGGUAUUAGCAAUAUUGCAAGUUAAAGACUACAAUUUUAGGUGGAAGUCCUAAUGUUUAACUUCCUGAAACCUUUUAAAAUUUCCGAUAAGAGAAUGAGAGUGUUUAAAAGCCUUGAUGUGCUCAUGGAAGUUUCAGUUAAGCACUGUAGAAUUUUCCUACUUGUGUAAAUGAUACAGAAAAUAUUUUUCUAUGGACAAAGGAUUGAAACUGUUAACUUCUUUUACUUCAUUGUGUAAAAGGAAAUGAUACUUGUAUGUCUUUCAUGCUGUAAAAAUAUGAAUGUAUCUUUGAAAUGUUAUUAGAAUUAUGACUUGAUUCUAAGGAAACUCUUUGUUUUCAAAAGUCAGCAAGGGAUUGAAAAAAAAUGAAAGGAAGAGUAUUCCAUCCACUUCAUUAUAUAAAAUGCAAUUUUAGAAGAAAACUAAUUUUCAUUAUAAACAAGCAAUCAUUACUGAAGCAUAUUUCAGAUAUAACAUACAUUGUUUUGUAUUCUGUUUUGUUUUAGCUCUAGAAUAGAAAAUUUCAAGAAAACUUGUGCUUACUAUUUUUAAGUGUAAAACAAUUGAAUUCUAGACAUCUGGAGUGUGGAAGGGUGUUUUUGUGUGAGGGUAAACAUUCUGCUGCAUGUGUUUACCGUGAAGGAAAGUUCUCAGGCUUUGUCACUGUGGCAGCCACAAAUGAGGACAUCGUUGUGAGUUUGACUUUGGUGACGCCAGAAAUCUGUGCAUCAGAUCCACUAUAGUAAAUAUGUGCAGAGGCCCCUGACAAAUAGUUUUGCCUUCUUAUGAUCAGUAUCUUGGACAGGUAAGACCACUGAGCCCAGUUCUGACCUGUAACAGUGGUGUAUUAGAUGCUUAGGGAUUUAUUAAUUCAGCUGAACAACAAACCCUACCAUGUUUUAGGCAUGAUUUGCUCAAUAGUCUUUUUAAAGGGUAGUAUUUAUUAUUCAUCACUUGUUACACUUGACUCAAUGGGACCUUCAUUAUUUUGACUCCUGCUUCCGUAUAUCCAACUUCAGAAAAGUAAUUUCAUCUUAUAGUCUUUUUGAAGUAAAUACCCUGAAGCUAUAAGGUGAUACCUUUCUUCAUUAGCUUUUUUUUUUUCUUUUACAGUGGUUAAGAGAUUAAUAUCAGGCCCCCUCAACCCUGAGAGUUUCCAAAAUGUAACAAAUAUUACUUGUAACUUUAACCGAAAUGCCACCUUGCUAAAUGAAAUUAUCACCAUGACAUCGUCAAGGAGGAUCAGCCCAGUUUACCAUCUUAGACACAAAUAGGUGCUGAUGUUUGAUUUCCCCAAAUUCACUGUAGUCACAAUUGGGGCCGUUUUACCUUAUAUUUAAAAGAAGCUUUUUAGUUUUUACUCCUGAAUUGUGUUGCAGUUCCUUGCCUUCCCUGGCAAGAACAUUUCAAUCCAAUUCUGGGAUUCUCUGGCACCCAUCUUUUCCAACCCUUUAGUGAGUUCACAAGAUUAUUCAGUCUUUCUUAUAUCCUGUAGAGUAGGUCAAAUUUCAAUGCUGAAAUUGACUUCUUGAAUUUUAAAUAGUAGCACUUUAUUUCAUGCUUACUACUGACUUAAUUUAUACAUUUAAAAAGUAAAAUCUAUCCUAGGAGUUUUGUAAAUAUGGAAAAACUUUAAUGGAUUAGUAUGUAGAACUCAUUGGAUUGGACCCAAGUUCAGUGCUUUACAAUGAUCUCCUGGUCAUUUGAUAUUUAAAAGGUAAUUUUUGUGGUUUUAGCUUUGCCACUUUUCUGUAAUUAAUUUAGUAGAGUGAAGCCUACCCAGUUGACUAUCCGGCUGGACUCUGGGUGCUCUCAGCUAACUUCAACCAGGUUUGGUUUACAAUAAUCCUUUCUGCUUUGAAUUUUCCUACAUGACAUGAAUACUUGGAAAUCCACUUGUUUGGUUUUAAGUGGUAGGUAGGGGUUAAGUCAAUACCGCACCACAAGUAAGUUGAAGAGGCAAAGUCCUGAUACUUUAUAUACGUGUCAAGGGACAGGAUUUAAGACACUAAAAACAGUUUACAUUAAGCUGUUUUCAUUUUAUCUCAUUAGAGUAUGUGUGCUUGGAAAAAAAACAAAAAACUGUCCAACCCAGUGUUCUUAAAGCAUCAGGACAUUGCAGUUACAAUCCAUAUUGUUAUCUUUUCAAGUAAGAAAAGCUAGUCUUUAUUUUCUACAGUGUAGGCUUAAGUUUAGGACAAUUUACUAUAUACUCAUCAGUGAUAUUUUUAAGUAUUAGUUUUACAAAAUUAUUUCUAUGUAGAGGGUGUAUUAAUUUGGGAUUUUUUUUCUUGUAACAGGUGCUAUAUGUAAAUAUGAAGGGCGAAAAGUCACUUAGUUAAAAAUCUAGUUUAUUUCGUUAUUAAAAUAUGAUUUUGCAUUUCUGCUGUCAUUUCACGUUUGAUUGUACUGAACUAGUAGCAAAAUGGAAUUAGCCCCUUAAUUUUUAAAAUUAACUCUCUUUCCCCAUUUCACAAAAAUAGCUCUUUCCAUAUGGUUUGUUUCCACAAUAAGAGGCAAAGAAGCUUAGGGUUCGUUUAAAAUGUAUAAGCUUGAAUUUGGUCAACACGGGAUAAUUUGAAAUCAGCGCUCUGCAUUUGUCACUGCAGCUUACUGUAUGCUUGAAAAGCCUGUGUAUUUGUUUUAAUUUCAGUGAAAAACUAGAAUUCCUGAAGUUUAUUCAUGUAAAAAAAAAAAAAAAAAAACUAUGAAUACUAACAGCAGACAGGAUUAAAAUGCUGAUUCACAUUAAAACUGUUUUAGUCCUAAGAGCAACUUCUGUUACGUGCAAUGCUAUUACACAUAUUUUGUUGGCCAUAUUUCAUUUUGAUUGAGAAAUAGUUGUUCAGGUACAGACGUGAAAAAACUCUAGCUGUGACUUUUAAUUGUUCAAUUGCAAAAUAAAGAUGUGCUUUAGUAAUUUAAA